CCCUGCCACUGCCCACUUAAGCUCGGCAAUGCCAAGCCCUGAAAAUUUCUGUCUCUCUGAGGCACCUGGCUCCAUGGGACCAGAGCCUGCCCCCAACCUUGUGCCUCCUCCUCUGUGACUGGCCUUAGGGUCCCCCAUGAACACUACUUCCGGCCUGUUGCCCAGCUGCUGCCACCCACUGCAUCUGGGAUCUGGUGGGUGGGCCGCGUGUUUCCUCCUCCUUCCCAGGGCACCUAGCACUGGCCUGGGGAAUUCUUGCCAGUGGCCUGACUGGUUGUCCAGGAAGCUGCUCUCUGGGCUUCCCAGGGUGACCCAGUAUCUUGCUGAGCAGUGCACCUGUCACAGUCACCUCCCUCCCUCCAAGCACAGAAACAGGAACGACUGGUGGUGACCCCACCCCCCUCAGCCCCGCGACAGGGGCCUCCCCUACACAAGGUGUAUGGUGGAGGCCCAGUGGCUGCCAGCCUCACAUGCACCACUCUGCCCUGCUCCCUGCACCUGCACUUCCACUUCCCCAAGUUCCCUGUGGGUGCGCUAGACCAGGAGGCUCCUGGGAGCUGGGAGCCUCUGGCGCUAGUCGCCCACCUAUGGCAUUCUGCAGAUGGCUGUUGUGGGAGGUGGGAGGACAAGCAGGCCCACAGCCACCCCUGCCCAGCUGCAUGCACAACUUCACAAGCCAGGGGCCUCCCGACGGCCUGCACUGUGCAGGCCACCACCAGCAUGUGGCUCGCCUUCCUGUGCUCCUGAGUGCUGGCGCACCUUGCUCUGGAGUGAGGUCUGAAGGGCUGGGCUUCACCCCUGCUCCGAUGGUCCUGGGGCUGUGGGUGCCACCCGGGCAGUCCCCUACCCUGUUUUCUCUCAUUGCUCAUUCUUCUGAGGGGAAGGAUUGGCUCAGCAGAGGCCCACAGGACUUGCCAUGCCAGGCCUCGAUCACCUCCUUUCCUCCCUUGCAGCCUCUGCUAAAGGCCCCUUAGAUAUGCGUCGUUAUGCCCAUGAAGCAGGUGCCAUCUCCCCUUCGUGGUGGAAGCUGAGCCUGCAGGGUGGGUGCACUGCAGCCAGACGGUGUGAGGGCUGCCCUGAGAUUGCCCGUUCCCCCGUCACUGGGAUGACAAUGAGGUCCUUCCCUUCCAUGGCCCCACAAGGGGCAGCCUGGGCUCCUGUGGUGGGAACUGUGCCCUGGAGAAGGGGACUCACUGUCAUCACGGGAGGACCCCCGGCGUGCGGCUGGGUGUUGAACUCAGGUGGGCCAGGCCCAGCUGCUGCUGCCUGGCCAGUUGCACUUGGAGGCAGGGCUGGGCGGAAGGCUCAGCUUUCCUCCUCGGGCCUGGGGUGACUUGUUCCUCAAGUCCACAGUCACGCCCAGGAUCCUGCUUUCUGGUCUGCAUACAGGGCGUGUGUCCCAGUGGCUGUGAGUGACUAGACCAGGAGGCUCCUGGGAGCUGGGCACCGGCCCUCUACCGCCCUGACCGCCAGAGCCCCUGGUGCUAGUCACGACCCGGGCGGUGAGCUGGCUGUGCAGGUCCUGCGGCCUUAGGCCUCCUUGUUGCCCAACCGGUGGCUGGGGGCGGGCUGUGGGCGCUGAUUAAAGGCUGCCUGGAGCAGCCCGUGCAGGGACAGGUGCCUAGCAGCCGAGGACUCCAGCGCACGCCUGCCCCAGGUAAGCCCGUGACGACAGCAGCUGAGAGCCUGGAGGCAGGCGGAGUGCCAGGGAGAAGGCCGCGGGAGGCGCUGCCAGUGAGGCUUGGGAUCACCGUGAGAGCCUUCCCGGGUGCCUGCUUGCCUGCUUCCCGGCAGCCAGCCACAGGGGUACAGAGCAGGGUGCUCUGCCUGAGGCUCCCAGCCAGGGUGUCUAGGUGAAGCUUUAGGCUUCGCUGUCCCUGUGAGAUGUCUGAGUCACCCCAGGCCAAGACCUUUGUCUUCCUGGACCUGGAAGCCACUGGGCUCCCCAAUACAAACCCUGAGAUCGCCGAGCUAUCCCUGUUCGCUGUCCACCGCUCCUCCUUGGAGAGCCCAGAGUAUGAUGAAUCUGGUGCCCCCGUGCUGCCCCGGGUCCUGGACAAGCUCACGCUGUGCAUGAGCCCAGAGCGCCCAUUCACUGCUAGGGCCAGUGAGAUAACCGGCUUGAGCAGUGAGGGUCUGGCCCGAUGCCAGAAGGCCACCUUCAACGGCGCUGUGGUGCGGACGCUGCAGGCCUUCCUGAGCCGCCAGGAGCGCCCCAUCUGCCUAGUGGCCCACAACGGCUUCGAUUAUGACUUUCCUUUGCUAUGUGCAGAGCUGAAGCACCUGGGCGCCCACCUGCCCCGGGACACCAUCUGCCUGGACACGCUGCCUGCGCUGCGGGGCCUGGACCGUGCCCACAGCCACGGCAGCCGGGCCCAGGGCUGCAAGGGUUACAGCCUGGGCAGCCUCUUCCGCCGCUACUUCCAGGCGGAGCCGAGUGCGGCCCACUCGGCUGAGGGAGAUGUGCGCUCCCUGCUCAUGGUUUUCCUGCAUCGCGCCUCUGAGCUGCUCGUCUGGGCUGAUGAGCAGGCCCGAAGCUGGGCCCACAUUGAGCCCAUGUACGUGCCGCCUGAUGAGCUGAGCAUUGAGGCCUGAGUGCCAGGGGGCUCUGACACCACCACCCAGGGGGAUAAGGCCUGUCCGCUGCACCACAGGCAGCGUCAGCCUUGACCAUUGGGCCAGGCUCCCCUUAGCCCGUCAGCCCUGGCCCCGGCCUAACUAACCCCGCUCCUCUGGCCUGUGCUUCAAUGGAGCUUGUUGCUGCAGGCUCCCACCCCUCCCCCAUCUCUCAAUAAACACUGACGAGUGCGCA